UCCAAGAUGGCGACCCCAGCAAGCGGUAAAGAUGAGCUUGAACUUCUCGAAAGAGUAUUUCUACGUGUUGCUUCGGCCGAAUCCGAUGACCAGCUGGAGAAGACAGUGAAAACGUUUUUGUGCCCGCUUCUUCUAAAGGUUUCUAGUCCCCAUCAAGAAGUCAAGAAUAAGGUAAUGACCAUAUUGACUCAUCUCAACAAGCGUUUGAAGAGCCGACCACAAAUCCAGCUCCCUGUAGAUUCACUGCUGUCACAAUAUCAAGAUAAAACAGUACCAGCCUUUGUUAUUAAUUUUGACAUGAUAUAUCUAAGAAUGGGUUUUCCACGACUCACUCUUGCAAAACAAGCAGAAUUGGCUCCACAGCUGAUGAAGUGUAUUCAAGAUAAACCGCAACCUCAGCAAGAUUGCCUCCUGCAGCUGGUUUUACCAGUCUUAGGUCAUUUAAAAGUUCCAGAUUCCAUAGAGGGAAGACAAAAGAUGUUUCAAUUUACAGAGAAGUCAGUGGUGUCUCAGAUCUUAAAGGAUUUUCUUCUUGAUGUUCUGUUGAUGCCAUACAGCACAACAAAGCGCAAGCCACGUGUGGUCACCAUAGGGUCUGCAUCCUCUCAGUCUUCAGAAUCAAAUGCUGCUGCUGAAGAAUCAGACCAAUCUUCCAAUACCACCCCUGCUACACCUUCCUCUGAGGCUCCACCUGGAUUGAGUUUAGCAGCUGUGAAACGAGUUACUGGUGAUAUCCCUCUAGAGCCAAACAAACUAGAACAGAUUAAACUUGGAAUUCUGAAAUUCUUAGCACAGGAUUUGUUUGAACCCAGUGACAUCAUUUGUCAUUUUCUGGUUGCUACGGGAGACACAAGACACAGUGUUCUGGAUGUUGGGGAUCAUGAACUAAAGAGAAUAUCAAGCUCAACAGACUUUGAGAAUCCAAUGGUUGUAAAUAAGAUGCUUGGUAUCUUUCAAGGAACUACACCUGUUGCUGGAGCUACAAACCAGGCAGCCCAAAUCCCGCCAGAUCAGAAGAGAUCACCAGCAGGUAUUAGACUGAAGCAAAGGAUUUAUCCUUACCUUCUGAGGUCCAGAAGGGCUGCUGAUCAAUUUCCAGCCUGUCUACAGAUUAUAUUUGACAGUCUCUUUGGCAAGGAGCUCAACAGCAAGCUGAGGGUGUAUGCUGUUCAAUUUGUCCACCACAUCUGUUUGUGGAGUUCUGAGAAAGUUAUGAACAUGAUGGGACCUGUUCUUCUUGGUGGAAUGACAAAAUUGAUCAAUGAAGAUAAACAGGAUCCAAAUCUGAAACGAUUGGCAUAUACUGCUAUUGGAAAGCUAGCAAAGCGCCUUCCUCAACUGUUUUGCAAAGAUGUGGCACUAAUUCAAAGGCUGUUCCAAGCCCUUUGUCAGGAAGAAUCUGACAGUCGUCUAGCAGUUCAGGAAGCAUUAUCUAUGAUGGCACCAUCAUAUAAGAAAGCAGAUGCCACUAUCCUGGCUUUGAUAGAAAGUCUUAUACUCAGCUAUGUAGAGCAGGAGACACACCAGGCAAGACUUGUCGCUGUACAGUUUGCCAAUGCCGUGUUCCCAAGGACACAUGUCUCGUCCCGUUAUGUGUGUAUGUUGGCUGUGGCUGAUGUUAAAGAUGAUGUUAAAGAAGAAGCACGGAGGGGAUUAAGAGGAGCACGAGUGGCUGAUAAGACAUUGAAAGAAGUCAGCGGUGGGACCGAAGGUGAACUUCCUUCCUUCGCAGAGAUGGUGUCAUUCGUGGCUCAAAAGAGUCUCGAAAGAUUGAGAAGCAAGAAUUGCUACACAGCAGGAACAACUGCGUUGCCGUUUGCUCCACCAGUUUUUUCACAGGUGUUACUAUAUUUGCAAAAAUGUCUGGAAUAUGCUGCUGGUGUAACAGAAGAGGACCGGAUCAAAAACUGCAUUCUUCCAUCUGUUGCACAAUAUGUGGAGAAACUCUUAGCAGAUGUUAUAGUUGAAGACUUCCAGUCAAGUGCCGUGGGAAAGUACAUUGAACUUGUCAAACAAGCCCUCCAGUCCAUAGGAGGAUCUGAUCUUCACGCUGUGGCUCUGUGCUGUCUUCUCCAGGUUGUGUCUGUUGUUCCGAAUAAAUUGGCAAGGAUGUUUCAUGGGAAACUCGACUGGAUAAAGAGUUUUACAUUUUCAAGUAGAGAGGAUGCUCGUCAAUAUGCCGGCCAGUUAUUGGCAGUUGUUACCUGUACAAUGGGGGAAGAAUCUUUCACGAAUGUGAUUAAGGAACUCUCUGCAGCGCUUGAUAGUGAGUUGUUUGAGAUGCAGCUUGGAUCAGCGAGCACAUUGGGCUUCGUCAUAGCCAGGCAUCUUUACCAGGAGGCAUUAAAAUCUGCAGGCAAACAAAACCUGGUGUUAGAAGAUAUGGAGGUGGACGACUCCGGGAAUGUUGCAUCUGUAGCCACGAAAGAGGAGCUUGUGACAAGCAGCGUGGAAAAACUAGUGAAACUCUUGAACAGCAGAAAUGCAUUGAUAAGCUGUUCUGCUUGUCAUGCUAUUGGUGAGAUCGGUCGAAACGGACCGCUUCCUCUUCCCGCUGGACUCGAAAAGAUGGAGCAAGAUGUAGCCACUGGACCAUCAGCCACUGAAGAUCAUGUUAGCAAGUUGUCAGUCGUUGAAAAACUGCUUGACACUUUAGAGAACUCAAAGGAGAAUAAGGUCAAGGAACAUGCCGCCCAUGCCCUUGGUUUUCUUAUGGUUGGAGAUGAAAAUUUCCCGCAUCAUGAGAAACUGAUUGAUGGCCUGUGUGAAGCUGCCAAGAUCCGGCAAGUAGAAGUGCAGUUCACUAUAGGGGAGGCCCUGUCAUGCGCAGGGGCAGGCAGAACGUCACAGGUUGCCCGUGAUCCUUGGGUAGUGGAACAACUUGCAAGUACUGCUUGUGAUAAGACAGAUGAGAUCAUGCAGGAACUUACUGAGAAGAUUAUCAACAAAUAUGCAACCAGUCCCACCCCAUACGUCAGACAAGCUUCUUGCAUUUGGCUGUUGUCACUUGUGAAGUAUUCCGGGAAUCACAAAGUUGUUCAGGCAAACCUUAAAGAAAUCCAAAUGGUGUUCAUGAAUAUGUUGGCAGAAACAGACGACCUCACUCAAGAAGUAGCUUCGAAAGGACUGGGUCUAGUAUACGAACAUGGCGACGGAGAGAGCAAGAAAGAGCUUGUUUCCCUAUUGGUUGAUACGCUGACGAAUGGUAGGAGGUCAGUCCAGCACGUCACCGGUGAAACCAAGUUUUCUGAGGGGAGCGGAGUCUCCACCUACAAGGAGUUAUGUUCCAUUGCAAGUGAUCUAAACCAGCCAGAUCUUGUUUACAAGUUUAUGCACCUUGCAAAUCAAAACGCUCUUUGGAACUCCCGGAAGGGUGCAACGUUUGGGUUUUCAUCCAUAGCUUCUCACUCAAGAGAGCAGUUGGAGCCAUACCUACCUAAGAUUGUACCAAAGUUGUUCAGGUACCAGUAUGACCCCAAUAUGAAAAUACAACAAGCAAUGACCAGCAUCUGGGCUGCUCUCGUACCAGAGACAAAGAAAACGGUGGAUAAAUACGUGAAUGAAAUACUAGAAGACUUAAAAACAAGUCUAGAGAGUAACAUAUGGAGGGUAAGACAGUCCAGUUGCAUGGCUCUCAGUGAUCUCCUCAGCGGUCGAUCAGUAGAGGACAUGCUCGAGUCUCUCCCCAAGCUUUGGGAGCUGUGUUUUAGAGCACGAGAUGACAUAAAGGAAUCUGUCAGACAGGCAGCCGAAGUAGCGUGUAGGACCCUAAGUAAGGUGUCUAUUCGUGUUUGUGAUGUAAAUCAAGGCAAGCUUGGUGAAACAGCUAUCGCAUUAGUCCUUCCAACUCUGUUACAUAAGGGAGUGGCGAACAGUGCAGACGAGGUCAGAUCUGUAAGUCUUUCUACAAUAGUGAAGAUCAGCAAGAAUGCGGGUGCUCUGCUAAAACCUCACAUUCCACUGCUGGUAAUCGCUCUCCUGGAGUCACUCAGUGGCUUGGAAGACCAGUCGAUGAACUACUUGAGUCUGCAACUGCAUAAAAGUGAAGACGUUCAAGAGAAGCUUGAAGGAGUACGAAUUGCUGCCUCUAAGAUGUCUCCUAUGAUGGAAACAAUCAACAUGUGCGUGCAAUAUGUGGACGAAACAGUUCUCCCAGAACUCGUACCCAGACUAUCCGACCUUUUACGAACCGGAAUUGGACUGGGAACAAAGGCAGGAUGUGCUAGUUUCGUCGUCUCUCUUGCUAUGCAGUGCCCCCAGGAACUGAUUCCAUGGGCUGCGAAACUCCUCAACGCAUUGUCGUCUGGAUUGAGCGAUCGCAGCGCCUCCGUCAGAAAAUCUUACGCUACAGCUAUAGGUCAUCUGGUCAAGGUCGCAAAGGACAGUACCGUGGAGAAAAUUCUCGAUAAAAUAAAUAAAUGGUACUUUGAAAAGGAAGAUGAAGGUUUGAGGUUAGCUUGCGGUAUUGCUCUUCAAGCUGUGUCACGCUAUUCCCCGGAUGUGUUGAAACGUCACGCAGCUAAGGCCCUUCCCGCGGUCUUUUUUGCCAUGCACGGCAAGAAGGCAACAGCAAGCAGCAGUUCAAGUUCCAACGACUCCUUAUGGGAGGAGAUUUGGCUCGAGAACACACCAGGUACCGAAGCAGGCAUUCGAUUGUACUUGGAUGAAAUAGUAUCAAUCACGUGUCCAGCUUUGACGUCACAGUCAUGGGCAACUAGGGCCCAAGCCGCCGUAACGAUUUCUGCCGUAGCGCAAAAGCUAGGUUCCUCUCUUUGUCAGCCUAACCUUGGUAAGUUGCUGAGUUCUCUGGUCAGCGGAUUAUCUGGGAGAACAUGGACGGGCAAAGAAUCUCUGCUCUCUGCAUUAUCAUGUGUUUGUAUCAAGUGCAGGAAGUCAAUACAAGACUCGUCUCCAAGAGUUGAUCCAGAUAUUGAGGAAGUACUUGACUCGAUAUUCAAAGAAUGCAAAAAGGAAAACCCAACGUACAAGAGAGCUGCAUUAAAGUGCUUCGGAGAAAUCGUCCAGGAAUAUUCUAUCGAUAGAUUUCAACAACUCUCCGAACUUUUAUUUCCUAUUAUAGCUCCUGAGCCAAAGGAGGAGGAAGAAGGCGAGGAAGAAAAUGGAGACGAGGAAGAGAAGGACAAGAAAGUGGAUCAAGAGUUCUUGGUUUGUUCUUUUGAGUGUCUGGGACAGGCGUGGCCAAAGAAUUCCACCGACUCCCAAGACAAACACGGAGAGCGUUUUUGUUCCAUACUUACUGCAGCCCUUACUUCAAACACUUGGAAAGUUCAAGUCGUGGUUUUAGCAGCCAUUAAAUUAUUUAUAGAAAGGAUGAAUUGGGUCAAUGGAACACCCGAUGGCUCGGGAGAAGAGAGUAUCGAGAGAAUAACUAUGUUAAGAAACACCCUCGGACAAUUUGUUCCACCAGUUUGCGAAUGUUUAGAGGUUAAGAAGUAUGCUGCGGUGCGGUUGGGAUCAGUUGAAGUUCUAGAGACAAUGCACUCAGCUCUACAAGGUCAUAUCCGCUUAUCACUGCUGACGGAAGAACUAAAGGAACUUAUAUUAGACAGUCUGAAAUACGUUUACAGUGACAAGGAACCUAACAUCCGGGAUAAAGCCCUAGAACUUAAAAACAAAUUUCUCUCUCUUGGCUUCUCUGGUUCAUAGCGUUAAAAACACGUCCAGUUAUAAUACGGAGUGAAGACGUGAAUGGUGUGCAAUCUGACAUGGACCACCUUUCAAAGAUACUGCACUUACCGAGAGGCCGCGGGUUGCGACUGCGCUUGGCCACUCAAGCGUGUUUAGCCGGCACUCGAUCGAUUUAGUCGGAUAGGAAGGUGAAAACGCGCUCGUUUGCAUCGAUCAAUUAUUUAUUUUCCCUUUGGGAAAACUGAAGCAAUCAAGGGUUCAACUUUGUGUAAAACUAGAAAAUCGCUUUCGGAAAAAAUUUACGUCAAUCAAGAAAAAAAUAUUGUUUCUGUUUCCAUAUUGAUAAAAUCAAAGAUAAAUGCAGUCUGCGAAGCAUUGAAACAGCUUGUUAGAUAAUAAAAUUAUCACGAUCGCUGA